AUGCCGCGCAUUAUUGGACUCGGCCUCCGGGCCCUCGAGUUCGCCUUCACUGUCAUCCUCUUAGGAUUGGUCGGUUCCCUCGAAGCCAACAGUAGCAGUAACCCAGAAAGCGUGCACUUCUCCAUGUUCACGGCCGCAUGGUCGGCGUUUUUCUUGCUAUACUUGAUCCCGGCUACGUGGACCGAGUCGUUCACCGGCCAUCCUAUUCUUCCGAUCAUUGUGGAUGCGUUGAAUGUGGUCUUUACUUUCUGUGCGGCUGUUACGUUGGCUGCUAGGACUAAGGCUAAGAGCUGCUCUAACUCUGCUUUCCUCCUUACAAACGAGAUUUCCAUGGGGUCUGAACACCGUUGCCGCGAGGCUCAGGCAGCCUGUGCAUUCUUCUGGUUCCUCUGGGCUUGCUACGUGGGAAGCUUGAUCAGCUCCGUUGUUGGCGGACGAUCCAGCGCCAAUCUCCGAUCUCGUCCAUCUACCCGCCGACCCAUGUCGCAGGUCUAG